GUAGGUGAUUAUGUCCCAGGCCACUCACUUGUAUUUCGACCACCCGUACGAGCCUGACCCAGAGGAGCGUGGUUUCUACUGGGCCACAAGGUUUACUGACACUCAAAAAGUGUUUGGUUUCAUGCCAGAUGAUUUGUUUGCCAAUGUUGAGACCAAACAAAGUGGUGAACCACUGACCAGGGAAGAACUGUGUUCUGAUCCCGGAAUGUGCGCUAACUUGACGAAGAAGGAGAAUAUUGUAGGAAUGCAAGGUCACCUAUGGUCAGAAACAGUACGCACCGCUGACCAAAUGAGCGCCAUGAUCUUUCCUCGCAUGAUAGCAAUGGCUGAACGCGCAUGGCAUAGAGCAUCAUGGGAAGACAUCACUAAUAAGAAAGAGAGAGACACCAAGAGGACGGACGACUGGGUGAAGUUUGCGAACACACUGGGCUACAGGGAACUGGGGCGACUGGACGAAAUGGGCGUAGCGUAUCACGUGGCACCACCUGGAGCGCGUAUUGAUAAAGGUGUGCUAAAGAUCGCCAAUGUGUUCCCAGGACUUAAGUUCCAGUAUUCUACUGAUCGUAAAACGUGGAAAAAUGUUGAGGAUGUGUCAGAUUUGGAAGGGGAAAUUAUGCUGCGAACCAGGUCAGCGGAUGGCCUUCGUCACAGCAGGCCCAUCGACGUCGAAGCUCCAUCUAAGCCACCCACUUCUAGCCUCUCUCCACAUGUGAUGUCACAGUUUAUCAAUCUUGUCGUCGCAGCCGCAGCUGUCUUGUUAUUGUUAUGGUAGAUGUAGUGUCUACCUGGUGUCCAGGCCCGUUUCAGUAGAACUUAUAGUGAUGAAGGUUGCAAGAAAAUGUAGCUAUCAUAAAGCUUAUCAGCAAAAACACGGGCAUGACCGGUAGUGUAGAUCGAUAUACAGAAGUAUGGGUAGAUGUAUAGUAUAGGUAGGCACAUCUUACCAUCCAAAAAAAUACAUUUGUUUACCCUCAGUAAGUGAUUUAGCACAUGGGCUAAUUGGGCCGAAGAUUCAAUCUUAGAGAAAAAUAUGAUUACAAACUAUACAUAGCAUAACACGGUUAACCAUUCCAACUGAAAGUAACAGUUGAGAACUAUCAAAUGUCACAAUUGACAGUAAAUUUUGUAGGACGGCCUUUUUCAAACGAAAAUGUUUUUUGAUCCUAAGAGGUGUGGUAGCUUUUGACACUUGAACACCCUUACCGACACUUAAAGGAGUUACGUCACGGUUUGCACAUCUUGAAAAGUCUAGCCCAAAAUUUUUCAAAUUUGUCGUUUGUAAU